AGAGAAAACGUCCAGUCACAGAGAGUACGCGGAAAAGAAAGGCACGCGAUUACUGCGUCGUGGAACAGCGCACUAUUUCGUGUAAAUAUCAUAAAGCGAGUCUUCCAGUUCUAGCAGAAUCGGUGUGUUGGUGUUUGAGAAAUAUUUAUCAGUGUGGUGCUCCAAUAGGAAUAUGUCUACAGCAAUAAUGUCCCAGAAUGCCAUGUACGAGUUUGGAGAUAACUUGAUCAAGAAUGGCAUCACAAACUCGGAGGCGGCCGCGCCAGGAGCCCACCUGGCCGUCGGGUCGACGACGGUCCGACUCACGUUGUCAAGGAUGGCCUCCACUCCGGCCACAGCGGCCAGUUCCAAUCAGCUGGCGAUGAUCCUGGGCAAUUUAACGCAGCAGCACAGGCGGUUAGAGCGCACCCAGUCGGCGCCCGCCCCCGCGGUCGCCGCCCCCGCAGCCGCCGUCGCCGCCACCACGGUCAACACGUCGCGCUACAAGACGGAGCUGUGCCGCCCCUUCGAGGAGUUCGGCGUCUGCAAAUACGGCGACAAGUGUCAGUUCGCGCACGGCAUCAACGAGCUGCGCAGCCUCGCCAGGCAUCCUAAGUACAAGACGGAGCUCUGCCGCACCUACCACACGGUGGGCUUCUGUCCCUACGGACCUCGCUGUCACUUCGUGCACAACCAGGACGAAGUGGCCAUCCAGAAGACGGCGCCCCAGGUGUCCGCCCUUCUGAACGCCCGGACGACCUCUGUGGUGGCCUCCAGGCCUCGGCCAGCGGCGCUGAGCCCUUCCCUGUCUUUGGACAGUCCCAGCCCCCCGUGCAGCCUCAGCCAGUCACCCACCUCCUCCAUGGGCUCGUUCUUCAGCAGCGAACCCGAGCUGCACUCCCCCGGAGUGGAGGACCAACGCCUGCCCGUUUUCAAUAGACUCAUAGAUACGGCGCAGCUGCUCUCCUUCAGCGACUUGAUGCUGUAGUGCAAGUUUUAUUGCUUUUACAACGGAGGGUGGAGUGGGAGCUCUGGGGUUCUCAGCGCGCCGAGGAAGGUGGCCAGGUGCACGAUAAGACUAUUUUGGAGUGUGGAAGUUUGAUCGACUUGCUUCUUGGUUCAAAAUUCGCAGAGCAGCCUGCACCGAGAAAGAGCGAAGAGAGAGAGAUGUAUACUAAACACUGUUUUUGGAAACUGUAGUAAAUUUUACGUAAAAAUCAAACUCGACUGUUUUAGCAGGGAAUAUAAAAAUUAAUCAAGUGAAUUGUCUUGGCAUAACAAACACAUCGUACUAUUUAAUGUAGUAGGAUUAUUUUCAUGAUUCUUUUUCUGGGUGUAGGGAUUUCCUUCCUUCUCUCGAGGCAUUUGUAGGUGUAGUUAGGACUCCGGCGUUAUCCGUAAAUUUCCUAUGUUCGGAGCAUUGCUAGAAUGUAGUAAUGUUGUCUCUCCUCGACUGACUAUAUAUAUAAGUGUAAUUCGCAAGUUGAUUCGUUGGCACCGCGCCAUCUUUGGGUGUGCGCGAAGAACAGGGGUUCCCAGUCUACCACUUAACUCAGACUUUAUAUUUAAUUACAGUGUCUUAUUUAUAUUUACAAAUAAUUAUCUCGCCAGAAUGGCGGCGUGAUUUUGAUAUUGUGUGAUUUUUUAAAUAUAUUAUUAAAUUUAUAAGAGGCGUGUUUUAUACGAAUGUUGAUAAAAUGUGAAUGUGCAAGUUAGGUUAAGUUAAAUUCAUCGGUCUCGAUUUUCCUAACAUUCCGUGAUCGAAGUUUAUUUAUUAUUUUUUAUUAUGCUUUCUCAUUUUGUUUUCCUUUGUGUGCCUAUACAAGCGACCGAUGAGAGGAUAAGAUUUUUUUUUGUUAUUUAAAUCAUUAUUUAAUUUGUGUGUUUCUCAUCAACACGUUUAUGUUAUGUAGUUAUUUUAUUAUUAUAAUUUAUAUGUAACUUAUUAUUUAUAUAUCGCAAUAUUUAGAGACGAUCGUGCUCAUUGUCAGUCGGCCCGCCUGUAGCUGACUGGCCGGGAGUCCGCGCAAUACCUGUAUAUUAUUUAUAUAUUGUAGCUAAUGUAUCUUUGUAUCAUUAUCAAUAAAUUAUAUUUUGUUCUGUAA